AUGGGAUCUAUUUCUGAGCCUUAUUUUCUCGCAAAACUUCCACAUCCUAUAAAUUCAAACUUUACAAAACAAUAUUAUAUUGCAAAAGUUUUUCCUGAAACUUACCAAGAAAUAAUAGUAGCUAUUAAUGAAAUAGGAAUCAACAUAUACAGUGCAAGUUCUGGUCAAAUAAUUGCAAAUUAUCCAGUAGAUAGAAACACGCAAUUUUCCUGCGCGCCUAUUUCUACUCACACUGGAAUUAAUAAAGAACGAAUAACAAUAGUAGGAUCAAUAGAGGCAUUCACAAGGAUUCCUAAAUUACUUUUAUGGAAUGAAAAACCUAGUUUAGACGGACUACAAUUUAAAUUUACAAAUACUAAAUCCAAAAUUAUAAACAUCCAAUUACUGAAAAACUGUAUUAUUGCGUUUUUAGAAUCAGGAGAACUUAUUCAAUACAGCUUUACUUUGAAUGUUAUUUAUGAAACAGUAACUAGUAUUCCUAAUAUGAUUGGAUGCGGACAAAUUAAAAAUUUAUCUAAUGGAAAUUUUUCAACAAAAAGUGACCAAAAAAAUAUUAUAUAUAAAAUUUCAAUAGAAAACUUACGAAUUCUCAUUAUUGAUAUUUUUCAAAUAAGAGAAACAACAUGCAAAAAACUUAAUACCAUAGGUGGAAUAUUGACCAAGGACUUUGAUACAACUCACAAAAUUACUUUAACUGAAAAAAAUAUUAUUUAUCAUCUUACACCAACUCAUCUUUUUACGUACAUAUUAACAUCUUCAAGCAUUAAAUUUAGAUCAAAAACAGAAUUUACAGAAGAUUUAUCAGCACCAAUUUUUCUAGAAAUAAUUCAUAAUUAUCAUAUUAUAAUAUGUUCAACAAAUAAAAUAUUACUUUUCGAUACUACACAUCAAAUAUUUUUUUUUUCAAGAGAAAUAACACCUAUAAAUACUGCUCCAGUAAUUAUACAUACAUCUGAAUCACCCAGAAUCCAAAAUGCUUUAUUAGUUUUAUCGGAUACAAAAUUUCUCAUUUUAUCUUCUAUUUCAUCAUCAAAAAAAAGUCUUUUAAUUGAUAUGUUUGCAAAAACAAAUAGUAAGGGAAGAACAAAUUACAUAACUAUAAACUCUAUUACAGAUUUCGAAAAAAAGGAAAACAAUAAAUUAAUCCUUGAAUCUCCCCUAAGAAUAAAAAAACACCUUAAUAAACAAAAAAAACUAGUCAAAACAUUUUUAAUAAAAUUAAGGAAGUAUUCUUUACUUAAAGAUGGAAAUAAGUUUGACAAUAUCUUUUUUAAAUAUUUUGAUACAAAAAAUUUAACUAACAAAUUAUAUAAUAAUGAUUUUAACAAAGAAAACAAGUAUGACAAGUUAUACAUUCAAAAUAAAAAAAUUCGUCUAUCACCUCAAAUUUUAGAUAAAAUUAUUCAAAUAAUAUUUAUUCCACUAAAAAAAAAUAUAUAUAAUUCAAAUAAAAUAUCAAAAUUAGAAACAUUGUUUUAUCCAAAAAAAACUCUUAAUUAUCUUACCAAAACAGUACCUCUGUUACUAACAAAAGAAGAAUACUCGGAUUUAAUAAAUGCAAUCAUAAGAAUAGAUUCAUCUUUGUUAUUAAACUUAUUUUUAAAUUCAGAUUUAUUACCACCAAGAGAACUAACAUCUAUAUUAAAAUAUGUAUUAAAUAAUAAUCCCAUUAAUUUAAAAAUUUUCAGAAAAAUCUUGAAAACAAUGGACAAUUAUAUUGGAGAACAAAUAGUAUUAGCAUUAAAAAAAGGACUUACAAAAAAUGAAAUAGAAAAAUUAAUUAAUUUAUUAGGAAAACAGAUAUCAUUAAAAAAAAGACAUAAAAAAUUUAAAAGAACAUCCUAUAUUUCAAACAAAUUAGUUAUUUACAGAAUGUUGGAAAAUUCUCUUGAUACUAUAGGAAUAUCUGGAAUAACCAUUCAGAAUACAAGUCUUUCAUUCUUUAAUACUAUUUAUAAUACUGUAAAGGAAACAAUAACUGAGAUAAUUGAUUUAAACAAUACAGUUAAUAUAUUAGAUGAGCUUAUUCGUAGAGCAGGAGGCCACAAAAAUAUUAAUCAAAAAUAUCAAGAAUUUAAAUCUAGUAAAUUAAAUAAAAAUAAUACUAUCGAUAAUCUCAAAAAAAGAUCAAGUCCCCAAUUACGUAAUACAUUACUAUCGAAUCAACUAUCUAUAUCCACUUUACAAGAAAUUCAUUUGAAAACAAAAAGAGCAAAAGGUUAUCAAAAAAAUUUUUCUGUUGAAAAAUACUCUAUUGAAAAAUUAGAACUAUAA